GGCAACUCCAAUGUAGUGAAGUCCAUAUACAAUUGGGGCAGCAACUCCAAAGCCUUGGAAUUUGGUUCCAAGAAGAAGGGAAGCUGUACAGUGAGUGACUCAGAGAGGUGGCUUCCCUUUGAAGUAUUGAUAAGGGUUUCUUUGUUCAAUCCUCUCGUCCGAUCGACAUGGUUUUGAAGGCUGGUUUCAGAGAGGCGGCGCCAUUUGCAGCAAUGGUGGCCGUCGAGUGGGGGGAAGUCGGCAUGGUAACGCUCGCCAAAGCGGCCUUCAACAGUGGCAUGAGCACCUUCGUUUACCUCGUCUACUACAAUUCCCUCGGCGUAAUCCUCCUUUUCCCGUUCUUCCUCUUUCGCACCUAUUACAGGAAGAAGCGGCCUCAUCUCACUUCGGCGCUCCUUGUUAGAUUCUUCAUUCUCGGCUUGUUUGGGAGAGCCUUGCUGAUGUUUGGGUAUUUAGGGCAGAUACAGCUCUCCAGCUUUGGCUGCGGCUUUGGCCAAUCUUAUACCCGUUUUUACAUUCUUGCUUGCCAUUAUAUUCGGGAUGGAGAGAUUAGAUAUGAGGAGCUCAAGCAGUAUAGCUAAAUCUUUCGGGACCUUAGUGGCAGUAUUUGGAGCAUUUGUGGAGACUCUUUAUAAGGGCCCACCGAUAAUAUCUGGCACAGCACAAUCUGACUUACAUUCUCAGGAUCUUAGACCCCAGGGAUCAAACUGGGCUCUUGGAGGCCUUCUGCUUGCAAUUGCUUUCUUAUCUAUUGCCACAUGGAACAUUUUGCAGGCAGCAACUGUGAAGCAAUAUCCAGAAAAAGUGACAGUGGUCUUUUUCUUCACAUUGUUUGGGACAAUGCAAUGCGCAAUAGUCUCUUCCAUUGUGGAAAGAAAUCCAAGUGCUUGGACGUUGAACCCUGGCAUUGCAAUGAUUGCUAUUGUGUAUUCGGCAACAUUUGGGAUUGUGCUUCGCUACAAUAUUGUUACAUGGUGUUUACUGGAGAAGGGACCUCUCUUUGUAGCCAUGUUUAAACCGCUGGGAAUGGUCAUUGCAGUAAUUGCAGGAAUGGUGUUCUUUGGGGAUAGUCUACAUCUUGGCAGUGUAAUUGGAGCAAUGGUGAUAGCUCUUGGAUUUUACACAGUGAUGUGGGGGCAAGCCAAGGAAAGGACAUGGUCACAGACAGUGCCUUUAGAAGAUUGGAAGCAUCGAGACGACAUGUAAGUUAUCAACUCAGACUUGACGGAUACUAGGUACUAUAUUUACUGAAUUUUUGGAAGGAAAAGUCAUCGAGAUACACACUUUUUACUUGGGACACUCAGAUCCUACCCUUGAUUUUUCUAAAUACAAUACACGGCUUUGAUAGAAAUUUGAGGCUAAUGUUGAACAAACUGCAGUGAAGUAGCCACCACUAAGAUACUACAUCUUCUGUAAUGAGGCCAUUUGGUCUUGUUUAAACUUCUGUUUCUUCUCAAUUUUUAUAUAGGAAUUAAAAUGAGACUUCUUUUACCUUUUUUUUUUUUUCAUUUUU